AUGUCUCGAGGAGCUGAUGGUUUGUUUUUAUCUCAACGGAAAUACACCUUGGAUAUUCUGUCUGAGACUGGACUUCUUGGAGCCAAACCAGCUUCUUCACCCAUUGAUCAACAUCAUCGUCUAGCUCUAGAUGAUGGACCUCUCUAUUCUAAUCCAUCUCAGUAUCGUCGACUUAUUGGACGUUUGAUUUAUUUGACUAUUACACGUCCUGAAUUGUGUUACUCGGUGCAUGUGUUAGCUCAAUUUAUGCAGUCUCCUCGGUUAUCUCAUUGGGAAGCUGCUCUUCGAGUUCUUCGUUAUCGAAAGGGCCAUCCGGGUCAAGGGAUUGUUUUACGUAAGGAUAGUGCUCUCCAACUUAAUUCUUAUUGUGAUUCUGAUUGGGCCUCAUGCCCACUUAGUCGUCGUUCGCUUACUGGUUAUUUUAUUUUUUUGGGAGGCUCACCUAUAUUUUGGAAGACAAAGAAGCAACACACGGUAUCUCGUUCUUCUGCUGAAGCCGAGUAUCGUUCUAUGGCUCAUACUUGUAGUGAACUCACGUGGCUAAAGACAUUAUUGAAAUCUCUAGGUGUGUUUUACUCUCAGCCUAUGCGUCUUUACUGUGACAGUCAAUCCGCACUUCAUAUUGCUGCUAAUCUUUUUUUCAUGAACGCACAAAACAUAUUGAGAUUGAUUGUCAUUAUGUACGAGAUCAAAUUCAGUCUGGCGCUAUUAUUACUUCUCAUGUUCGCACAAACGCGCAGCUUGCAGACAUUUUCACCAAAGCUCUGGGUCGUCCUCUGUUUGAGUUACUUCUUCGCAAGUUGGGCAUUCGUGAUCUUCAUGCUCCAACUUGAGGGGGAGUACUAG